AUGAGCGCAUACCAGUCACCUGUACCUCCCGGCUCCAGACCGCAGUCAAGCACCGAAGCACCCGCACCCCGACUCCAACGCCGCAAAGUAACGGACGAGAGAAAGCGCACAGCCAGAGCGAAAUGUUCGCAUCUGGGCCGUCCGUGUCGCGUGCGCGGUAUGCCUGUGUCGCAGGAUAUCGGGUACGUCGUUAAAGUCACUCAUCAGUACUUUGUUCAGGCUGACGCUGCUAGCACUCGUGAUGCAUUUCUCGAGCUGCAGGAGCGGGGCAUGUACAUGGAGCGAAUCCUGAAACAUGCGUUCAAGGGGAUCGCGCUGGAUACGAAGAGUCUCGGCCAGAUGGCGUUGUCGAUUGAAGAGACGGAGAAGGGGCCGCAGACAGAGACUGACGAGGCUGAAUUGGCUGUGGAGGAGGAGUGCACGAUCGAUCCGGUCGAGGAUACCGUUACUCACUUCUCCGGGGAAUUCUCCUACUGGAACUUUUCCAUGCGCGUCAAGCGCCAGAUAGAGGAUAGGAUGGCCGCUUCCACUUCCGCUCCCCUGAGCCAGACCCCUCCAAACCAAAUAUCAAACUACCCCCGAGCAAAACAGCUCCGAUCCAGCUCGCGAACUCUCGCAGCAGCCAUCUCCUGCAUCCCCCCUCGCCACAUCGCCGAGUUUCUCGUCAACAUCUUCUUCAAACACGCCGUAACUCACUACUUCUACGUCGAUAGAUCAUGGCUCCGCACCAGACUAGCCGCUCUCUACACCAACCCGGGAUCCCUCACCAGCAAAGAGGCCCCAGUCCUCGGCAUUAUCCUGACUAUCUUUGCCAUCGGCACGCAAUAUGCCUACCUCGAAGCAAAGCCCGCUCCUGCCUCGUCCGGCCAAACCCAGGACUUCUCCGAGGACGAGCUGGGAACCAUGUUCUACCAGGAAGCAAUCCGUCUCCUACCGGAGAUUAUCGAGCUGUCCUCGUUGGAGAGCGUGCAGGCUUGUUUGCUCUUGGCGGCGUAUGCGUUGCCGAUUGAUGCGGCGGGGUUGGGGUACGUGUAUAUCAAUCUGACGAUUCGGCUGGCGAUGCAGAACGGCAUGCAUCGGCGAUGCGUGGGGAAAACCUUUAGUGCGGCGAUGAUGGAGACGAGGAAUAGGGUGUGGUGGACGGCGUAUGCGAUGGAGAGAUCCCUCCUCCGCACCACCCCCAAACAGGACUUCCCACUCUUGCUCUCACGGCUCGCCGACAGAAAAACCGACCUGGAAAAAUGGUGGUCGUCGCUUCAAUUAACCAUCCCAAAGAACGACGCCCAGACCCCAGUCGAUCGAUCAACAGCCCACAUCAAACUCGAACACUGCCUCCUCCGUAUGUUCAUCGGCCGCCCGUUUCUCUUCUCGCGAGGCUCGCCCUCAAACCCAACCUCGCCAGCUACUCCCCCCUCAGGCACCGGGCAACAGCUCACGCCCCGCCAGGAACUGGUGACAUGCUGCAUCACAGCCGCCGCCGACGCAAUCUCCAUCUGCAGCACCCUCCGCGACAGUGAUAGUGGUCCUGGCCUGGCGCGCGCCUCGUAUAUAGAAUAUAGCUCGUGCCGGGCGGCGCUGCUAGUGCUAAUUGCGUACUCGAUCCAGGAUCGUUCUGACCACUUUCGCAAGGCGCUGCGGGUCGGGUUAGACAUGAUUCGGGAGAUGGCGGCGACUGGGGAGUCCGCAAGAUCGGAGGUGGAGCUGAUUGAGGUGUUGGAGAGGGCGCUUGUGAGACUAAGGUCGUUUGAUGAGGUGGGCAAGGUAGCCUCGGACUACGAGGAGUUUAAACAGUGGGAGUCUAUGUGGAAGCGGCAGAAUGAUGGGAAUUGCAAUUCCUUCGAAACGGUUGCGGGAUCGAUUCACGAGCAAGGUUGGCCGACAGGCGAGAUGGAUCCCUCCGGUAUGGCAGAGAGCAAUGAGAAUCUGGGCUCUUUGAGGUUAUUCGAUGGCGCGGCUGAAUGGGCUUUGUUCGGUGGGGGAAGUGCAUUGCCACGGGAGCUGCAGCAUCCGGAAACGCAGAUGUUGGGGGAUUUUCUGUCUCUCCAUGAUCCGAGAUUCGACGCUGAUUUGAGUCAGUCGUUGUGA